AUGUCGCAAGGUACCAAAGCCAUGGACCCUAUUCCGAACUCUGAUCCAAAUGCAAAUACAGCUCCAUCCCUCUUCUCUCCCGCGUCCCUCCUGUGGGCACACCAACUCCGACGCGAACACAACACCCUCGUCUCCCGCCUCGACGCUCUCGAAGAGGCCCUGGCAUCCUCUUCUGCUAAGGCAAUCACAACGACGGAAGACUUGAAGUCGGAUCUCGAGACGAGGGUGAAGGAGGUUGGUGAUAUACUUGGUGUGGCUCAGGGCGAGGUUGACAUGAUUAAAGCGGGUAUUGAAGAGUUGAUGGGGUGGAAAGAAGUUUUCGAACAGAGUCAGAGAGAUGCUGUGGGGAAGUGGGAGAGAAAGGAGGAGGAAUGGAGAAGGGAGGGGGAGAAGAGGGAGGAGGCGAGGCAACUGGUUGAGGGGGGUUUAAGAGAGAUCUUAGAUGGAGUUAGAGGGUUGAAAAGGGUAGUGGAGGAGAUGAGGAGGGAGAGGGAGCAGGAGAAGGAGAAAGAAAAGGAACGGGACAAAGAAAAAGAAAUGAAAACCCUACCUUACAAAGCCACUUAUCUCAAUCUAGAACACAGCGACGAUGACGACAACGAACCAUUCCGCUCUCCCUCCCUACCCCCCAUCCUUCAUGCUCCGCACAGCCAACAGCGCCAGAGACACAACGUCCCAUCCACAAUCUCUGGCACUCCCACAAUGACCCACCUCCCCAGCUCAACGCCAACCCGCAGCUCCCUCCCACCACAAGCACCACCCGAUGGCUAUUCCGCCAUCCUCGUCCCAGAUUCCAUGCCACCCGCUCCCCCAUCACCGCAUCCCGACCAAACCGCUGCCGCCGACUGCGAAUUCCAAACCUCUCCGCCACGAUUCCCCCACUCCCCCAUAGCUCAACCCUCAGGAAAUUUUGAAUACGCGAAUAUAGAAAAGGCAAAAGAAGAUGAAGUCCAGGCUCCGCAACAGGGACCUGGCGAAACUCUUGAAUCGUAUAUGGAACGCUGUUGGGUGGUGUUAUCGCGAUGUCCGCAGGGUGAAGAGAGGAGAGUCAUAUCAACUUUUUGGGGAGGGAUGGAGGAUGGAAAUGCUAAAGGUGGUUUGGGAGAGGAGUUGGAGAGGCGGGGGUGGAAGUGGGAAGUUGUUAGGCAGUUUGUAGAUAGUCUGAGUGAGGGAUUAGGAGAAGAGGGCAAAGGGAAAAUGGAGGAGGGAGGGUUAGCUGAAACGGGGAAAAGGGAUAGAUGUCUUGUUAGGGGUGAGGGGAACGUAGCAACAGGUAGAAAUGGGGCUGUUGAGAAGAAGAGGAGAAAGGCGAAGGUGAAGAAGAGAAGGGCUAUCCCUGUUAUUUGGCCGGUUGACGAGGAGGGGGAAGGGUGGCUUGUUGUGCAGAAUGGACUGACUUGA